AUGGGGUUAAUAAGGUGUGAGUCUCAGUCUUUCUAUGAGACUAUUUUUUAUUUUAUUUGCAUUUGUUUAGAGGAACGUGAAAACAAUGAGAAGAGAAAUGUCAGCCUGCCUCUCUGUGAGAAAGAGAAGAACCAGGCACAGAAGAAAUCUCUGACUUUGCAGCAGCGAUCAGACACAAGAGAUUUUCCUGAGCUUUCAGAAGAUGAAGGGCAAAUCAUCAAGUUGAUUGCUCCAGUAGAACUCGGAAUACAUCUGAACUCCAGACAGCUGGAAAAAUAUCAAAAUAUCCUGGAGGAACUCCUAACAGAGAUGUUACCCAAUACUCAGAAUGUUACUUGAUGUUCUCAGAUUUAGAAGACUAAAGUGAGACACUUCCUGCAAAUUAGCAAGAAGGCUAUUUAACAAAAAGGCUACCUGCAAGGCACUGCACAAAGAAAACUACUUAUGCAAGCUAAUAAAACAUGAAACUCAAA